GGCGCCGACUCCUCGGCCAGUGUCAGUCGCUGCAAUGUGAAGCGCGAAUGCACAUCAUCAGAAGUCUACAGUUAUGCAUAAUGUGGGCAAGGCAUUUGAGACUACGCAAAGCUGCCAAACCAGUAAUUUCAUUUAGGAAAAGCAAGAGCCCUCCCAUCUCCUCCUUCUACCACUCUGAAAAAAUUAAUAAAUUAAUAAAUAGCGCGUCUGACAGCUUUAUUCGCUACAAAGCGUACGGGGAAGCAAGCAUUUUGCGUAUGCAGACAACACAAGAGGAAUAUAUUCAUAUAUCAGUCAAGGCAAGGACGUUUCUAACUUGAUUUUACUCGCCUACUCGUUGCACAAUGGGACACAUCCUGGUCUCACACAGUGCAAUACUGCUGGUGAAGGCCAAACCAAACUGGAGACUGCAUUUGCAAUAAUAUUUUAAUCGUGCAAGCUCCCCGACACGGCUGCGUGAGGCGAUUACUACUAGAAACUGCUUAGAAAACAAACGUGGAAUAUUUUGAAAGGAUCAGUCCAAUAAAAACCGGUCUCCGGUAAAGCGGCGGAAGGGAAACCGGGACGCGAAGUUUUAUUUAUUUAUUUAUUUAUUCCUUUUAAAAAACAGAAAGCAUAUUUUUUUUGUUCACACUAGCGUUAUUGCUUAAUCUUCUCAUAUUUCCGGGGAUUCUUCCAACACACUCUAGCGAAGAGGACGAGAAACGCCGACCCUGUUAUGGUUUUUGCUGUGCGUUUCUACACCUGUGAAGGGUGUGACUUCAUCACUUAGAGAUGCCAUGCUGACUUCCUGCUGUCCGCUCUCCAGCCCAGCGCAGCUUCAUCUCGUCUGCACACCAGGCCAGGUUUUCUCAAUGAGUUCCUUGCCAGCCCUUUAAAACAGCAUCGCUAGCACCCGUUGGAUUAUUUGUUUUUAACUGCGAAGAAAGUCUUUCCCUGCCAAAAUGCUGAUCAAGGAAUAUCGCAUCCCUCUGCCCAUGAGCGUGGAGGAAUAUCGGAUCGCUCAGCUCUACAUGAUACAGAAAAAGAGCCGCGACGAGACGUGCGGAGAGGGGAGUGGUGUGGAGAUCCUGGAGAACAGGCCCUACACAGACGGCCCGGGAGGCUCGGGGCAGUACACUCACAAAGUGUACCACAUCGGGAUGCAUAUCCCCAGCUGGUUCCGCUCCAUAUUACCCAAAGCUGCACUGAGAGUAGAAGAGGAGUCCUGGAAUGCCUAUCCCUAUACUAGAACACGGUACACCUGUCCAUUCGUGGAGAAGUUCUCAAUUGACAUUGAAACGUAUUACAAGCCUGAUACAGGAGACGAGAUCGACGUCUUUAACAUGUCACCAUCAGACAGAAGACAGAGGACUCUAGAUCCCAUCGAUAUCGUUAAGGAUCUGAUCCCCCCUCACGAGUACCUGGCGGAGGAGGACCCCAAACUGUACAAAUCAGUGAAGACCAAGAGGGGUCCCCUGACGGAGGACUGGAUUGAGGAGAUCAAGAACAACCCGGGCAAGAUGCCCAUCAUGUGCGCCUACAAGCUGUGCAAAGUGGAGUUCCGAUACUGGGGAAUGCAGUCCAAGAUAGAGAGGUUUAUCCAUGACGUAGCCCUGAGGAAGGUGAUGGUGCGGGCGCACAGGCAGGCCUGGUGCUGGCAGGACGAGUGGUACGGACUGAGCAUCGCCGAUAUCCGGCAGCUGGAGCACGAGACGCAGCUCAUGCUGGCUCAGAAGAUGGCUGAGUUCAGCUGCAACGACGAGGCGGAGCAGAACGGAGCCAGCACCUCGCCGGCCGACAAGGGCCAGGAGGCAAAGGCCAUCUCCUCCUCCGAGGCCGAGGACGUCUCCGGCAGCAUCGGAGACACGCUGCAGGGCCGCGGCGAGCUCACCAAGCAGUGGUCCACGUCCUCCAAGUCUUCUCGCUCUUCCAAGAGAGGAGGGAGCCCUUCUCGUCACAGCAUAUCAGAGUGGAGGAUGCAGAGCAUUGCGAGAGACUCCGAGGACAGCUCCGACGAUGAAUUCUUCGAUGCCAUUGAGGACCUGUCUGACAGCGAGGAGAUCUUUUCUGAGAAGAUCACAAAGUGGAAUUCGAAUGACCUCAUAGAUAAGAUUGAGAGCACGGAGGCUGAUGAGGAGCAGGGAAAUCUGUUUCAGGAUUCAGCUGCUUCCAGUGUGGAGAGACUGAGCGUUAUUGAGAUGCAAAGCUCUGUUAGCAGUGUGAAAGGUAUCCCAACAGUCACAGUGACGGGAGUCUUGGCAGAUGGCUCCUCCCAGCAGUCUUCACAGCCGUGCAAGAUCCACGUUCUGGUUCUGGUUCUUCAUGGAGGCAACAUCCUGGACACUGGGGGCGGAGACCAGAGCAGCAAGCAGGGGGAUGUGAACACCAUCGCCUCGGCCUUCGACACGGUUAUGCGGGUCCACUACCCCGCUGCCCUGGGCCACCUCGCCAUCCGCCUCGUGCCCUGCCCUGCCAUCUGCGCAGAGGCCUUCUCUCUGAUGUCAAACCUGAGCCCCUACAGCUACGACGAGGGCUGCUUGUCUAACAGCCAGGACCACAUCCCUCUGGCCGCUCUGCCCCUGCUGGCCACCUCCUCGCCGCAGUACCAGGAGGCCGUCGCCACGGUGAUCCUGCGAGCCAACCAGGUGUACAGCGACUUCCUCAAAUCGCCGGAAGGGGCCUGCUUCACCGGCCAGGUGUGCUUGAUAGGAGAUUGUGUCGGGGGUAUCCUGGGGUUUGACGCUCUGUGCUACAGCAAUCAGACAGCCUCGGAAAGUCAGAACAGCAGCAGGAGAGGCAGUGUUGUGAGUGUGCAGGACAAUGACCUGCUCUCUCCCGGGAUCAUCGUGAACAACAGCUACUGCUCCGGGAACUCCAACCUGGAGGGCAGCCGACACCUGAGCCGCAGCAACGUCGACAUCACCCGCAGCAGUGAGAACGACCCCAAGAAACAGCUGCCCCGCAAGAGGAGCGACUCCUCCACCUACGAGCUCGACACCAUCAGACAGCACCAGGCCUUCCUCUCCAGCUUACAUUCCAGUGUCCUGAGGCAUGACCCGGGCUCCAGGAGGUCAAGCAGCUCCACCAUGCUGGACGGAGGGACCCUCGCCAAGUUCGAGUUCGAAGUGUGCGAAUUCUUCCUCUUCGGCUCUCCUCUGGGGCUGGUUCUGGCAUUGAGGAAAACCGUCAUUCCAUCCAUGGAUGUGUCCCAGUUGCGGCCAGCCUGCCAGCAGGUGUAUAACCUGUUCCACCCUGCGGACCCCUCAGCGUCCCGCCUGGAGCCCCUGCUGGAGAAGAAGUUCCACCUGCUGCCCCCCUUCAACGUGCCGCGAUACCAGCGCUUCCCGCUCGGUGACGGGAACUCAGCGCUGCUGGUCGAGACAGUCCAGAGCAAUCCCAUCCUCAUCCUGGAAAGCAGCAGCCCAUUGGUUGCUCUGCGCUCCCAGGAGAACGUCACCGAGACCAGUAUCCCGGUUCCAGUUCUUAACUGGCAAGACGGCUCCUGUAAAAGUCCAGCCACUGUGGAGUCAGAUGUUGCUCAGUCUCAUGGUGGCGUCUUCAUGGAUAAUUCAUCCCCCUCCUCCCCCAAUACAGCCCCUCACUUCAGGGGAUUCCGGAGAGCCAGUGAGGUCAGCAUUGCCAGCCAGGUCUCAGGAAUGGCAGACAGUUACACUGCCUCCAACAUAGCCAACAAACAAGCAUGCCAACUUAACCAUUCCAAAAAACUAAGCCUUUUAUCCCAACUCGCUCUCCCCUACAACAAAUCCUUUUUAAAGAGCGUCUCGCCCAAGUUCAUUAGAAAGAGCAAAGCACAGUCCAGCCCCCCGAAACGUAUAGAGAAGAGCCCCGAGACAGCACCGAGUCGAAAAGCCAGUGCUGUUCCACAGAUCCCUGACCUGGAUAUUAAGCAAGUUGCAGCCCGAUGGUGGGGCACUAAGAGAAUUGAUUUUGCUCUUUAUUGCCCGGAUGCAUUGACCGCGUUCCCUACAGUGGCACUGCCACACCUGUUCCACGCCAGCUACUGGGAAUCCACAGACGUGGUCUCCUUUCUCCUGAGGCAGGUGAUGAGACACGAGAACUCCAGUAUCCUGGAGCUGGAUGGGAAGGAGGUGUCCGAGUUCAGCCCAUCAAAGCCCCGGGAGAAGUGGUUACGAAAGAGGACGCAUGUCAAAAUAAGGAACGUGACCGCUAACCACAGAGUGAACGAUGCCGUCUUCACUGAGGACGGGCAGCAGGUGGUCAAUGGGAGGUUUAUGUACGGCCCACUGGACAUGGUCACUCUCACUGGAGAAAAGGUGGAUAUUCACAUCAUGAUGCAGCCCCCGACAGGAGAGUGGGUCUACUUUGACACAGAGCUCACUAACAGCAGCGGCAGGAUCUCCUACGUUAUCCCAGAGAGCAAGCGGCUGGGCAUCGGGGUGUACCCGGUCAAGCUGGUGGUCAGGGGUGAUCACACAAAUGCAGACAGCUACCUGACGGUGCUCCCCAAAACCACAGAGUUCGUUGUGUUCAGUAUCGAUGGCUCGUUCGCAGCCAGUGUCUCCAUCAUGGGCAGUGACCCCAAGGUCAGGGCUGGAGCUGUGGACGUUGUGAGACACUGGCAGGACCUCGGGUACCUCAUCAUCUACGUGACGGGACGUCCUGACAUGCAGAAGCAGAGGGUGGUGGCGUGGCUGUCCCAGCACAACUUCCCCCAUGGAAUCGUGUCCUUCUGCGACGGCCUGGUGCACGACCCCCUCAGACACAAAGCCAACUUUCUCAAGUCCCUGAUCACAGAGGCUCAGAUGAAGGUGUAUGCAGCGUAUGGAUCCACGAAGGACAUUUCCGUGUACUCCUCCAUUGGACUGUCACCGUCUCAGAUUUACAUCGUUGGCAGACCAACCAAGAAGAUGCAGCAUCAGUGUCAGUUCAUCUCGGACGGAUACGCGGCUCAUCUCUCCCAGCUGGAGUACAGCCUUCGCUCGCGGCCCGCGAAGAGCACCGCCAGGAUGGUCCUCCGGAAGGGCAGCUUCGGGCUGGGUGGAAACCCGGACUUCCUCAGGAAGAGGAAGCACCUGCUCCGCACCAUCUCCUCCCAGCCCAGCACCAGCACCAGCGGCUCCCAGUCCAACCACAACAAGCCUGAGAGAACGCAGAGCCAGUCCGAGAGCGAGCGGGAGAGGAUUGAACGAGGCCAAAGAAGCAUGAGCCUCGCUGCGGGGUGCUGGGGCCGCAGCAGCAGCACCAAACUGGAAAGUGCCGUUUUAAAUCAGAAGUAGGCGGCCAAACUGGACACACCUUGAAAAAUGGGGAAAAGGGGGUGAGAAGAGAGCAACUUGGUUAGAAGCAAGGCAAAAGGAGUUUCUGAGACUCUUGCGUGUAAAUACGUGCCUCCUUCGCAUUCACAGUAUAUAUAUAUAUACAUAUUAAGAACCGUCUGAUCGGGAUGUUGUUGGUAAGCAUGUGCAAUUGGUGUGGAUCCUUAAUGGUGGCUACAUGAAAUCCAGCACAAGUGAAGUGACUUGUGUAAGUGUAGAGAGCAGUGGUUCUUCUUUAGAGUCUUGCUUUUAUAGUAGUAGUAGUAGUAGUAGGAAAUCAUUCUACUGUAAAUUUGUAGAUAUUUCCAGCAUGGCCUGCAGGUCACGUGAGGCCUUAACAAAUGGUUUAGGUUUCCUGUUAUACAGAAUAAUAAUAAUAAUGAAAAUAAUAUUAACAGUAGUAAAAAAAAAAAACAAUGGAAGAGUGACAUGAACAGAGGCAGGGCCAGUUAUAGUUUAACAUUUCCAACACUGAUGUACAGAGCUCUUUUCCAAAUCAAUUCUCUUCAGGAACACUGUAGGUUUUUUUUUUCAGCUUGACCACUAAGUGUUGUUGCUUGUUCCUGAAUGGGCAAUUAUGUCAAAAGAUUUAAGAGUUAAGAAAUCUAACUGGGACACAUCGUUUCACAGGCUGUGAAAUAAAGACGCUUUGAGGUCUCAGUGGCUGACCACGAGGACCAUGUCGAUUCUGCUUUGUUUGGACUUUGUAGCUGGGCGCACCUAGGCUUUCCAUGACCCACGUAAAAGAUCCUCCCUUUUUUAAGACGCCUUCAUUCACACCUUGGCAUCCCCUUGAGGAAUCUUCGAAAGUGUGGUACAGGCAGACACACAGAAAACAAACACAUGGCCAAAUCGUUUUUCUUAGCUGUUGUAGCUCAACUAUAUAACCUCAUUGUUUUGCACUAAGUAACUUUUAGAAUGAAGAACUUGUAACCAUCUCAUGUUGCUACACGUUAUUAUCUGUAGUGCAUGAUAGUUAUUAUUUAUUGCCAAUCCAGGGUUUAAUAUAUAUAUAUAUAUAUAUAUAUAUAUAUAUAUAUAUAUAUAUAUAUAUAUAUAUAGUGUGAUUCACAAAGGGUGCACCACCCACAGCACCGUGUUCUUCACACCUUUAAGCUGGGACUAUUGAUAUGUGCAGGCGGUGCACACUUUUUGAAUCGUGCUGCUAUCAUAUCAAUUCUACAUGAUAAAAAUACAUAACAAUAAGACAAAGUGCCAAAUAGGCAGUCUUGAAUGUUUUAGGAUGAGGCCAUAUCCAAAUGCAGUACAGUGUUUUCCAUUUGCAUGUGAUCGUACAGUGAGGCAUGUAACACUGUGAUAUUAGCGGGCUGAGAGCCCUGCACAGUACAGCUGAGAUCUUUGUUCAUCGUAAGUGUACAAUAACACGAAACACUGGAAAAGUACUAAUGCAGGGUUUCUGAAACGGCGUAACGACAUCUACUUUUACAACUUCGGAGAUUUGGGAUGUGGCUUCAAUCCAAAAACAUAGCUCUGGCUGAGUGUAAAGUAUUGAAUGUGCUUUGAAACAGAUGGUAAUAAUUCAAAUAAAUUGCAAGCUCUUUUGCAAAAGUUUAACGAAAACGUAUAAUGUGUGUAGAUAGUGUAAAGUUAAUGUAAAUGUUCUGAAAAGUAGGUAUAUACAGGCGAGUUAUUUAUGUAGAUAUAUAAGGUGAUGGAUCCUUCAGGUUUUAUUAUAUUUAAUUUUUUUUUUUUUUUCUGUUUCAAACUUUAUUUUAUGGACCAAGAGUAAUGUAACUGUCAAUGCAUAGGUGCAAUAUUAUGACCACUCUCCACAGCUGUAUGAUAAUUUUAAAAGAAACUUCAUGGCAUUGACAAUCAAUGAGCCACGUGUACUUGUUCUGCAACCCUUUGAUGAACCCACAAAUACACACAAACUGGCCUUUGAAUAAUGUAAUACCAGUAAUUCAAGAGACAACCCUUUACCCUUGAACCUCAGUAGUUAAACAUCCUUGGUAUUGGAUGUCUUGUUUUAAGAUGCAUCCAAUGAGCUUGAAAUCAAGAGUCCCAGUGUGCAGCAGGCACACAUUUGGACACUUCGGAGCUGUACUAGAAGCAUCUUGCAUGUUUUGUGGAAGCGCAGUGUAGCAUAAAUACAAGACACCUGGAAUGGCUCGAAACGCCAUGCAGCUUUUCUGGACCUGAUAGUUACAUGAAACGUGCGCCCUGCCUGAGACUUAUUUAUGUCAUGCAUACCUUGAGACACUUGGGUAGCAGAACGCAGCAUGAAGCCAUAACAUUUGUCUAGUAGUAAGUUUUGUGUUUUAUUCAGGCUUGCCAUAUCCAAUGCAAGGGGCAGAGUGCAGCUGUAGAAGAGCUCGGUAGUAAUGGGCCACCUUGAACUACACCCAGGAUGUAUGCAGUCCUUCUCAUAGCUUAUUUGUCUGAAUUGUACAGAUGGGAGUGGGCGGCAGCCAAUCGUAUCUCUCCCUCACUUUGUCACACACACAUCCACAUGAUGAAAUGAAAAACACGGAAUUACAUCCUGAUAUUUUCUGCUUAAUUCCAAAAAAAAAAAAAAAAAAGAAAA